AUGGAGAGUUCAAAUGAUUUGAUAUAAAAUUCCUCAGGUUAACAAACAAAUGAAGCAUCUGAGUGGAUAUAUGAGUAUUGCUUUUAAAAUGAUACAUCAACACGCUCAUAAUAAUUAGAUUAAUUUGGUAAAUCAGGUGAUCAAUUCCAGGGCAAAGGCAAGGAUGAAGAAUAAGGAGAGUUCGAAUUCAUCGGUUAAAUUAAGGAGGAUUAAUUCAAGAUAGAACAAUUGUAUAUCUCAGAAAAAGAUUAAGAUAAGAUUAUUGAAGGACAUUUAAUGCAAGAUGGAACAUUAGUGGGAAAAUGGAAGUAUACCAAAGAUAGGGAAUCUGCAAAUAACGAAGGAGAUUUUGUCAUUAGAAAUGUCAGCAACAUUGCUUACGCAUUAACUGAUAAGUGCCCUGAAUAUCUAAAGCUUACUUAAGAAAACAUACCUUGUAAAUGCUAAAAUGAGCUAAUCAAAUAAGAUAAGAAAUAAGAUUAAUCUUAAAAAUGUUCACUUUGUACAAGUGAUGUUCAAAUUAACUAUUAUACAUGUGAAAAGUGUAAUUUCUUGAUCUGCUAUCUUUGCUUCUAAAAAAUUCAAUAUAUGUCAAAAUCAGAACUCAUCUCAAUCAUCUUAAAUAAUUCAAAGAAAAGUGAUGUAACUAACAAUAUUGAUUACAUUAGAGGUAUAUAUCGAAAAGCAUUUUGUGAUAGUGAGAGAGCAAGAAGCUCAAUUAUGAGACGCAAAGGAAGAGAUUACAAAUGGUUUGAAGUUUAUUAUCUAGAUGAGAACAGUUUGGAAUUCAAGAAAAAAGAAAAUAUUGAACUUUAUGUUGAUAGUAUGAAGUUUGCUCAGGGAUAUUUCUUUUAGGUUAAGCAAUGUAAUUAAACUAGAAGAUUUGCUGAUAUAAGAAGCCCUGAUUAAUAACAAACUUUUAGAGAAAUCAAUCUUGAUCCUGAAGUGCAUUGGGCAAUCAAAAACAAAAUAAGAAGAAAGCAUAUACAUUAAAUUCCUAAUAAUAUUGCUAAACAGUACUUGGCUAAAACUCUUGCUGAAAAUUUUAAUAGAUUGCUUAAUAAAAUAUAUCCAGAAGAUACUUAUAGCAUGAACUACAUUUAGCCAUAUAUUUUGCUUCCUAUGUUCGAAGUUUCAGAUAAUCAGAACAUUUAUAAAAUGGAAAAUUUUUAGGAAACUGACUAGAAAUUCCAAAACUUUAACAGGCCAAAAUAGGAGCUUAAAGUUAUUGAUGAGAUAUUUGGGGAGGCAAAAUUGCCAAAUGCAUUUACUCAUUGGACAUAUGCAGCCACUGGAAAUAGAUUCAUGAUAACUGAUGUCAAAGGAUGGUAAAUUGAAAAAGGUCAUUUCAAUUUAAUUGGGGCUAUUGUGUUUUCAACAGUUGGAAAUUAGUUAGGUCUAAUAGACUGGGGCUAAAUUGGAACAGUAAAUUGGAUGAUGAAGCACGUUUGCAAUGACAUCUGUAAUGAUCUUCCAAUGAUUGAAGAUCAAAAUCUUAUUGAAUAAUGUAUGAAUUACAUGGAAAAGUUCUAGAAUAAUAGCUUUAACUAGCAGAUUAAUGCCAUUUUAGGUAGCCGUAAAUGA